CGCACCUGGACACGGGCAGCAGGGGAGGAGGUCGCUGCUCUUACUGCUGCUCCUACAGCUGCUCCUACUGCUGCUGCCCCGCGUGUUGGCUCCAGGACUCGGGGAGUGUUUUGCUCGGCUGCUGGGGCUUUCAUGGGGGGGUUUAUCCCUGCAGCAGCAGCAACAGCAGCAGCAGCGCGACAUGAACUUGCAGCCGAGGCCUAGCGCGGAGGCGGCGAGGCGCGGGGGUGACGCCGCUCGCCUAGCGGCCCCGCCGCGCGGGGCGCCUGCCGCUCGUUAGAGCAGCGCCGAGCCGCCCGAAGGCCGACAGACUAACACGGGGGUGGUGCUGAGGGAGUCGGCCGCCUGCUGCUGCUGCUGCUGCGGUGGUGGUGUCGGGGUCGCAGUGCGUGGCCGAGGGGAACGGGGAGGCACCGCGGGAGUGGCGAGAGAGGAGACGCGGCCACGGGAUAGACGGAGCCGAGGGCAGACGCGGCCUGCGGAGAUUGGGAGUUGAGCCGCGGCGAGCCGCGAGCGAGCGCCUGGUGGCGGUGGAGUCGUCCCGAGCCGAAGGGGGCGAGCCGCCGGAGAAGUGAGCCGGGCAGAUUGCGGUAAGCCCCUGCUCAUGGCUGGGCGCUUCCUCGCGAGAAGUCGCCCCGCGUGAGACGUCGCCUUGCCGAGGGAAGCGAGGGCAGUCGUCAUGCUGCCCGGCGUGGGGGUGUUCGGCACGGGGCUCACGGCCCGCGUGCUCGUGCCGCUUCUGCGCGCCGAGGGCUUCAGCGUGGAGGCGCUGUGGGGCCGCACGCGCGACGAGGCCGAGCAGCUGGCGGCCGAGAUGCGCAUCCCCUUCUCCAGCAGCAGCAUGGACGACGUGCUGCUCCACCAUCUGGUGGACCUCGUGUGCAUCUUCAUCCCGCCGGCGCUCACCCGCCAGAUCGCCGUCAAGACCCUGGGAAUCGGCAAGAACGUUCUGUGCGAGAAGGCGGUGACGGCGGAGGCGGCGCUGGAGAUGGUUCUGGCGGCGCGCUACUACCCGCAGCUGCUGAGCCUCAUGGGCACCGCGCUGCGCAUGCUGCCCGCCUUCCAGCGCAUGCGAGAGCUCAUCGCCGCGGGCCGUGUCGGCCGCGUCAUGGUGUGCGAGGCGCGCGUGCACUCGGGCAGCGUGCUGGGCCGCCGCUACAGCUGGCUGUGCGACGAGCUCAUGGGCGGCGGCGGCCUGCACGCCUCGGGCGGCUACAUCGUCGACCUGGUGACCUUUCUGACGGGCCAGCGGGCCGAGCGCGCGCACGGCCUGCUGCGCACGUUCGUGCGCCAGACGGACGACAUCCGCGGCGUGCGCCGCGUCACCAGCGACGACUUCUGCGCCUUCCAGCUGCUGCUGAGCGGCGGCGCCUGCGCCACCGUCACGCUCAACUUCAACCUGCCCGGCACCUUCGCGCACGAGGUGACGGUGGUGGGCUCGCUGGGCCGACUGACGGCGCGCGGCGCCGACCUGUACCUACGGCUCAACGCGGAGGGCUCGGAGGAGGAGCUCAUACUCCGGGAUAGCACGGCCGUGCCCACCUCGGAGCUGCCGGAGCGAGCGCUGCAAGACAUUCCCUCCCUCUACCUCAAGGGCCUGGUACAGACGGUGCGGGCGCUGCGCGCCUCGUUCGAGGUGCGCGCCGAGCGGCGGGCGUGGGAGCGCGGCCCCCUGCACUCGGCCGCCACCUUCGAGGACGGCCUCUACAUGGCCAGCGUGGUGGAGGCCGUGCGCCAGUCCAGCCGCCUCGGCGAGUGGGUCGCCGUGCCGCCCACGCCGGGCCUGGAGGGCGGCGCGGCGCCGGCGGAGGCUUCUGCGGCUUCGACGGCUUCGGGGGCGCUUGCGCCCACGUCGACGUGCGCGAGCUGCGACGGGGGAGUGAGUGUGAGCGACGGAGGAGGAGGAGUGGGCGAUGCGGAGUCCGAGAGGGACGGCCUCCCUUGAACGACUUUUCGAGCGGCCGGAAAAUUCACCUUUGGAACCCAUUGGUGUCGAUCUGAUGGCUGAGCAAUGGCGGUUCACGUGACUCGUUCAAGAAUAUUCAAGUUUACGUAAUUUAAACACGAUAGUUCCCAUCUUGAAUUUGUUAUUUUAUAAAGAGGACGUGGAUAGCCGUACUUACCGAUGGCCGAUUUUUUUUUGCCUUUGUAAGUUUCAAGGUAAGCGUCUUGGGUUGUGACUCAAGCAGACGGACCUGCGUUUAUUUGUGAACGAUCUCACAGGGUGUUUAACGUCAACUUUACAACAGAAUAUUUUUGUCUUGCGAACAAAAACUUCCCGAAUCUGUUUCGCAUUUAGCUGAGUGUGGGCAGCCACUCACCAGUCGGAUCCUCGUUAACCGCCCAGUAAUUUAUGCACGGAAUUACCAAUACGUGACUUCUGUUGCCAGAUUGGCUUUUAAGAUGCCCUUGACAUCACUCUCAAGAGGUGUGGAUAUUGUGUACUGGUGUCAUGGCCACCAGCUCAAAAUCUAUUUUUUUUAACAACUAUUCAGAAUUUAAAAACUCCUUAUGCCGGCGCUAGAUAUCCACUCACACGAGACAUUGUGUCCAGUUCACUCUCCCAGUGUAUAAUACGUUUAGUAACUAAUGGUGUCGGAGACGAGAGGCGAGGAGGCGCCGCUGCAGCCGGUGUGACGUCGCGCCGCGGCUUACAUCUGCGAAACCGAACGUCCGACGCGGUCUCGGCACCCCAACUUCUCGCGUCGACCCGCGUUCUCCUCCUAGCCCACGCGGCUCGACCUCACCCCUCCUCACCCCUCCCCCCGGCCCCCCCCCCGCCCUCCCGUGUGGAGCGUGCCGCGCGGGAAUCCGGGGAGCUGCCGACGGAGAGAAACGUUUUUGUCUUUUUUGGUGACAGUGGCAACAGAAGGAAGUGUCCUCACCUGCUGGCUUGGGGUUUGGGGUGGCCUUUCCAACUACUGAACUGCAUGGGGGGGGGGGGGGAGUAGGACAAUGAAUAGAAAUAUGCGAAAGCUUUACUUAUAUUUAAUAAAAUAUAUGAAUUUUUCUUUUUUUUCGGCUAACAGGUUUUAACUACUGUAAUGUGAAGAGAGUGCAGGUGCUGCCCUCUCUGCCUGCGUGAUUGUGAUUGGUUGUCAACGCUUCAAAGGUCAGCGCUUGCUGCUCCCUGAUUUGCUGCAGGCGAUUCGGUGACCGCGCAAUGUUUUGUACGUUUCGCGGGUGAACUAUUUUUUACUUUUUUCUUUUUGCACGUUUCAGCUGGGGUGGGGGGGGCUGCCGAUUGUAACACGAUGCUGGCACGUUGGUCAACGGCACGGAAUCAAAAUUGCCCCCUACGCUUAAUGUAUGUGAUGUCACGAGUGUGUAGUGGGGAGCGGUGGUGUAGCGGUUAGCGUGCCGUGCUACGAACCCGGCGACCCGCGUUCCAUCCUCAUUCACGGCCAACACCAGUGACGAUAAUCUGUAGCGAUCCUGGGCCUCCCCUAAGUCGACUCAGCCUCAAAUGAGUACCUGGUGCGGUGUGUAAACAUCGCCACUUGGGAGACAAAAUCCGCUGGGCGUGGUGCUGGCCACCCACCCCCUCGUGCGCCGUGCCAGCCUUCAUAAGUGCUCACUAACAGUACUUGCUCUAACAGUCUGUGAAGGCUAACGGGGGUUCUUUGUCUUUGUAAUGCAAGCUGGAGCUCUCAAUUCCGAGCCUGAAGUCAUUAUUCUUCUCUCAGAAAUCGGAUACAGUUCCCAACAGCAUCGUGGGCUCAGCGUGAUAAUGGGAUUGUGUGGGUGCCGAGCUGGGCAAAGCCUGGUGUGCGUGGUAAAGAGAGGGAGGGUGGCUUGCCUGGGGGUGGAAUCGCCUUUGAAACACGCGGCCGAUGUCUGCGUGAUUCAUUUCAACGGCGAUUCUGGUCGGGCUGUGCGAGCUCCGGCCUUCACUCGCCCAUGCAGCCCUCAAGGACCUUCUGUUUUUUCUUUUGUCAGCGCCAGAAUUGGGGUGAGAGCGAAGCGAUCUGGCACGGUCGUGUUAUGUAGGUACGUAUGUUGAACUUCUUUUUCGCACCGUUACGUAGCCAACCCUGCUAAUCAGAGGUGCGGGGCUAACUGUAUUGCCAUUGUAAUUAAUUGCAAUGGCAAUACUAAUUUCUUUAGAACUGCUUUUUGUGUUUAGUUUGUUGUCCUUCCCCCGCACCUCUGAUUAGCACGGUUGGCUACGUACGUCGCGAAAGUAGGUCGCGACGUACAUACGUACAAUGGCGAUUCUAACCCUGCCUACAAUUGACAAUAAUUUAUUUUCUGGCCGUCUGGAAUCAUCGAUGUUUUUUGCUCAGCUCAAUUCACAACAGGAUCUCGGUGGAAUCCAAUUAUAUUGCACAAAUUCCAGGUCGGUUCCCAUUCACAUGAAUGUCGAUUUUUAACAUGGGAAUCGCCCACAGAGGAAUUGUAAUUCGUGCAGAAAUCGUCACGGGAAUCACCCAGCUCUUGAGCAGCCCCUAUAGACGUGCUGUCGAUUACAGUCCUACUUGAGUCGUUGUACAGAUGCGGAUACAACAAAAGACAACUGGAUUAUUUAAACUAUUAACUAAACAUUUUUGUAUUUUACCAGGUAAGGCCCACUGAGCUAUGUAGCUCUUUUUCAGAAUAGACCUCGCCACACAAAUGGUAGCUCAACGAAGUGGCUUAUCAUGUAUAAAUUCAUAGCAGCCAAAUACUCUAAAAGCAUGUUGAUUCUAAAUGUGGAGGGAAAAACCGGAGGAUCCGGAGAAAAAUCCACGCGACCACGGCAAGAGAGACAUGCAAACUCCAAAUAUACAGCAGGUGUCAGGUUUGGGAUCGAACCCACGACCUCCUGCGUACCAGACAAGGUAGUUAACAUCUCGCCACUACGGUGCCCUAACUGUUACUCUAAUUAUUUUAUUUCAUUCACCUCAUUUUGUAAAUAAAACCCUCACUGUUUCCUCGCUGUGGUGACGCGGGUGACGUGACUGUGUAUACUUCCUGCACUGAUGGGCAUUAGUCGUGUAUCCAGGGCAUAACUCCACACUCGGACACGCUGCUGGCAGUCGACCUCAAGUUAACUCCAGGCAUCAUCUCCUCUGCGCACAAGGACAUGGUUAUGAAAGAAACUGGUAUCCGCGUGUGUUCACGCAAUUGUAAAAUCAUCGUCUUGGGGUUACAGACGGAGAUGUGCGUUCUCAAUCACCCGGGACAGUCGUGCCGUGUCCUGACACAUGGUCCAGGAGAUGGCCGAUUGUGACGUUGGACCGAUUUUUUCAGAGUCUCUCUGCACUCAGAAACUGGAGGGCCUACAGGAAACUGCGUAUAAGCUCUGCACGCAUAUGCAUGUAUGUAUGUAUGGGUGAACUUCUUUCUUACCAUACGUAGCCAACCGUGCUAAUCUGAGGUGCGUGAGGACGUAAGAGAUGCGGCUGAAAGCUACCUGCUGGACUACUGCCCAUGGGCGCAAUACUUCCCAGCAUGCCUCUCUCUUUCGCCCAAUCGCGCACAUGUCACAAUCUCACGUGAUCGACAAAUGUUCUCGGUGUUUCAAUUUAGCAUCGGGAACUUUACAAUGUCGGUGACAUUUGUCACCUCAGGAAAUCAUUUAAAGCUACCCUCAUGUCACUAUUGGCAUGCCGCGUAAACAAGAGAGUGUAUAUGUGUGUGUAUGUAUAUAUAGUCUGUAUGUCUGUAUAAAUAUUGUACAGGUGUUCAAUUCAAAGUAAGAGGUCAGGGGACUGCAUUGGCAUUGGUUUAUAAGCACAGACUGGAAAUCCUUUACCACCGUCGUCGUGAACACUUCUUCUUAGCUAUCAUGAAAAUAAUAUCUAUUAUAAAGAUAAUAGCCCACUGAAAUAAUAUGCAGCACAAUCCCUUUCGAGAGCCCACUGUAAUCAUUGGUAGUAAUUAAAACGAUUUAAAAGUUAACUUUUUAUUUUAGCAAGUAAAGCCCACUGAGCUAUAUAGAUAUUUUUCAGAAGCUACCUGGCCACAAAUGAUAGGUCAACGAAGUGGCUUAUCACGUGGACAUUUAUAGCAGCCAAAUGCUGUACUCGAAACGCGUGUUUGUGAUUCUAAAUGCGGAGGGAAAAAACGGAGGACCUGAGAACAUGCAGACUCCAAAUAUACAGCAGGUGUCAGGGUCGGGAUCGAACCCACGACCUCCUGUAGACCAGGCGAGGUAGUUAACAUCUCGCCACCGUGGCACCCACAAUUAGAAGAUGAUUUAAAUUUAAAAAAUCUCGAUGUCUAACCACCAUUUUGAAACAUUUUAACUCCCUCCUUGUAGGCAGGGAAGCCGUAGCUUCCACGAUGCUCACUCAACCCGUUGACAAGGUGGGCAAAGGUGCUCAUUAGACAUAGGCGAGUUCUCCAUAAAUGGGUCACCUGGUGUAAUAAUACAAACGGGGGGGCGGGGGGAGGGCUUUUUUGUCUGCUGUGGGCAUCGUCUAAAGCGCAAGUUAAUUUGGAUUUUUGGUGAUCGGGGGGGGGGGGGGUGUUAAUGUCAACGGUGGUAAUGCGUUUACAGCGUGUAGCGGAGGUGGUUUGACACUGGCUCGCUCGCUCGCGGGCACCUACACCGGCUGUUGCUGCACACAGCUGGCAUGUGUACUGCGGCGCUAUCGUCUAUAUUAUUUACACUAAAGUUCCGUAACUGUGGCCCCCCCCCCCCCGUGCCCCGAGAGUCCCGCUCCCGAGUUAUUCGAAGGGGCGUAGGCCCCGUGCUAAAAAACAGGCGGACGGCACGUCUCCUUUGCGCGUUCCGUGGGCCGCAAAGGCCGGAGUGCGUCGUUUCGGCAGCGUUGAUUCAAUGCAAACAAAAGUCUGGACUCCUUUUGGACGUCCGGUGUCUUUCCUCAUCUGGGACGGUGGCACGACGCAGCGGUUCGCCGCUUGUUCGCAGGGGUUCACGGUUUGUCACUCCGGUGGCCGGCCCUGGGAGUGACCACACGCACAGUGUCCGCCGCCAUCCUACUUCACAGUGGACGUUCAAGGUCCCAUGGCAUCAUUCACAAGCACAGGCCGCUGUGUUCCAGCAUCGUGCUCCAAUUUUUGCCGAAUUUGAAAACAUUACACCGCAAAAAUACUCAGUCGGAAAAUUCUGUAAUCGAUUACUUCAAAUAAGUAACAUAAAUAAACAAUAGCUCCACGUUAAAGUUUCUACCUGGCAAAUUGCUUUACAUCGUGAUGUUUGGAGUCAUGGGACACUGGCCAUUCAGCGCAGCUCCUCAUGUUAGAUAAUAGUGUGCUGAAGCAUAUCCCACAGAACUACUGAGAUAACUUCGAAGUGACUUUUAUUCACGCCAGUGUGAGUGCCCUUUUCCACGCGUCCUUCUAAAGAGGGAUUUUUGUCACGUGGCGAUAAAACCAAUAUAUAUUUAUUCUCUUAAAAUGUUGCCAAAUUCAGUCGACAACCAAAUUUUACGUGAUAGGUUUUAUUUUUUUGUGACGUUGGUGACCAGGCUGAGACCAUCACCUCGCGACACUUGAACCCAGUUUAAUCACGAGCAGCUAAAACCUGGAUUUGAACCGAGGACCUCGGCAGUGCUGGCUCGUUGCUCUGACUUUGCGAGCCACCCGACCAGGUCACUUGUGUGUUCCACCACACAUCCCAUUAGCCAGUGAUAAACUAUAACAAUUUGUUUGGAUUGGAAGCCAGGAUCUUAAAAUUAGCCAUGUAUCUUAAAAGGCCGAUGCUCGCCCAGUGCCCUGACGUGGGCAUUAACAUCAGCCCAUUAAGCCAAUUUUUUAAUCGGUUAAUCCCAGAUACGUUUUACCAAUUUAUAUUUUCCUCCCCCAGAAUUGCAGUUAACUGUUUAUUUGUGUGGCGUUUCUAAAUGUUUUAUUUCGAUCACCCGGUAACUAGCUACUGUAUUUACAAGUUGCUUUAAAACGACUGUAAUGUUUUCCUGUCUGAGCCCGUCGCGGCACUGGUGGUGAUUGGUGUUCGCGACACUUCAGGGAUUGGUAGUCGAGUGAAUGGUGCCCUGUGCGAUGUUCUGUGCUUUCGUGGCGUUGGGUGCGCGCUGGCGGCACUGGCUGAGGAGCGCAUGGUGCGUGCGCGGCCUCUCGUGACUCACGUUAUUAACAUUGUGGCGUGCACUUUAUUGCUUGAAUGAAAAAUCGUAUUGGUCGCGUGUUGUUUUUAUUAAUUAAAACGGAAGCGCAUUUUAAUAUACAUUCCUGUGGCCCUUUAAAACCAUGCACUGACUCCAUAGUUUAUGCGGGUGCCGUGAUAGUCGGCUCGCAAUUGAUGUGGCAAUUCGUUGUGCAUAAAGCAUGCGCUACGCUGUCGGGUAGCGAACGGUGCUGUCGUAGUGGGCGCGAGUCGUGGUAUCGUAGUGGUAGAGUAUCAGCGGUGGCGACGAGGCUGUGCAGUAAUUCAUGGCGACUGUAAGUACGCCACGCUCGCCACAGCGGCGCUGCGACACUCACUGCCAGAGUAAUAUAUUAGGGCUGCGCGCGUUGUUGUUGUUGUCGUUGUCGUGCUCACAUUGUUCAUUAACGCGGGGUUUUGCCGUCGGCCGUAGAGCCGAGUGCAAGUCGGACUCGUGAGGUUGUCGUCCCCGCGCUCGCUUCGUGCCCAGGUCACGUUCCCGUGCUACCAGUCCUCCCUGCGUCGGCGCCGUCGACUCAACGCAGCUCGUCACGUUGAGGGCAUCAGGAUGCUCAUCGUCUGCAUUUGCCUCCAGAAAUGGUUUCUGUUCUUCGAACUGCUGCUUGAAUCUAAGCCGCCACUGUUCAUGUUCUUGGUCACGUGGAAGGGAAAUAGUGAAAUAAUAAAAAUACAACUAUACAAUUCUCGCGACGAUUCGAUUGCAACACAAGCAAUCAUCAUCAGGUGUGAAACCCACAGGUUACCAAGACGCAUCAUUGGAUGUACUUUGGGCUUGCGACCAAAUUCUUCGCAUUCUUAAGCGGACAACGUAAACAACUCUUAACAGGAAUGUUUAUCUAUUUACUUUUAACAACAAGGUAACUGUUCCAACUGGUUUAGUCCGACUGGUAGCAGUCCGCAGUCUGGUUUGCUUGGGCAGUGUGUUGUGUAAAUCAAUGCAUUUGCUAGUUUGCAGCAGGCAAACACUCAUCUGGCAUCAAAUACACAGAAGGCAUGCCUCCGAAUAUUCACGAAUCUAUUGACAUAAGUUUUCCCCGUUAGUCCUUUGGGUAAUAAUGCGCAGCAAGUAGGAUGCAAAUGCGGCAUGCAGCAUGUUUGUUGUUGUUGUUGUGUGUGUGUGUAUGUGUGCGUCUCCAGUCUCGUAAACUGUGGUGUAACAGUUUCGUUUUUUUUAAUCCAACCGAGUGGUGUUUGCUGUAAGGUAAAAUAAGGGCGGCAGUGUUUGCGCGCCCAUUUUGUUUAUUAAUUAUCAAUUCUAGGUGUGGACCGAUGUUUUACAACAAAGAGUUCCCAAUUAUUCACGCAGCACGCUCAUCACCCACGCAGCCCAGUCGGGUGCAGGGUUUGGCUCGAGGAUGUUAAUUCUGUCCCCCCCCCCCCCCCCCCCGAGUCACUUUGUUAUUCUGCACCGUCAUCGCUGGCAAUGAAAGGCGCUCGGAUGUCAUUUGCAAGAUAUUUACUCAGACUACACAGAUCAGUUCCAAAAUAGAAAUUGUCUACAAAUAAUAAUAAAAAUAUCUAUUGUACACUUCUUGGACUUCCCAGGUCUUUCUUGCAAUAAAGGAAUCUCAAACAGGCUGUCACCUGGUUAAAUACAGGACUGUGAAUAGAUCUGUUAUUGGUAAUAAAUAAAUUGCAUAGCAGCCU